AUGUACGUGCCUCUGAAAGGAAGGACUGUGGUAGACCAACAAUCACCAAGGAAGAGUGUGAGAAGAAAAAUUGCUGCUUUGAUAGCAGCAUUGAGAAUACCAAAUGGUGUUUCUUCCAUGGUGGGUAUAAUAAGUAAAUAUUCCAACAUCUCCUUUUAUUUAAGCCCCAGUUCGCACUAUGAAUCACAUGUGAAUAGCACAGGAACCACACCGCAGACAUGCAUUCACCUUUUUUGGAGCCACACUGCUACCGGAUCUCAUGGUCCUUUCGUACUAUGCGAUCUGGUGCAGCAGAUCGCUAGGGCAGUGUGA